AUGAACACCUUGCUUUCGACCGAGCUCUCAGCUGAUACUUUAGCAGCGUUGCAGGCGCAUCUCAAGACGCAAGAGGCGGAGGAAGAUGCAGCUGUGUCCGAGGACUUUCGUCUCUCACAAUUCUGGUACGACGAUCGAACCGGACGUGCCUUGGCACAGGAAGCCAUCGAUCAGAGCAAGAAGAUGCGCAUUGCGUUCGUGAGCACGCCAGCAGCAUAUCGAGAUUUCCUGAAGAUUCAGGAGGAGAGCGACUCACCUAUUGACGGGGACAACGUCUUUUUGUUCGAGUACGACCGUCGAUUUCACGAAAAGUAUGGCCCCCACUUUGUGUUCUACGACUACAACGAGCCCACGAAGUUGCCGGAACAGUUCCACCACUUCUUCGAUUACGUGCUCGUUGAUCCGCCCUAUUUGAACACGAACUGCAUGAGCAAAUUUGCUGAGACCAUGCGCUGGCUGGCGAAGGACGUGAAGGUCGUACCGGGCAAAGCGGACGAGAUUCUCAACCCGUGCACCUUUAUCACUGCACGCAUGCUACGCAAAGAGAUGCAUGCGAACUUAGGUUUCACGCCUUCGGGGUUCACGCCGACGUUCGAGUCCAAGUUAUCGAACCAGUUUCUGACGUACACGAACUAUCUGUCGGAUCGCUUUGGCAAAAGCACGGAAGACUAUGAUGACUCCGGCGACGAGAAGUAG